AUGACGUCUGCUGUAACUGAUCGCCCUUCAGUGCUCCCACUCAGAGCUUUGCUCUCACCUUUAGAGAGCCCUGGCAGUCGUCGGCUCUCUUUGUCUUCGUCCAUUAGUAGCAGCGGUUGGUCGUUUCUCGGUAGAGCAGACGACAAUCGCGCCGGAAUGUCGACGUUGUCCCCUCCCGAAGGGUCGGGAGGCGGUAAUACGAGUGGCUAUGGCAGUGGAGAAUCAAAUAGCUCGAGAAGUCCGCUUAGUCACUUGAGCUUGUCACUAUUCAAGAGCUUUUCAGAUAGGAAAGCCACACGAGAUGGACAGGCUCCCAAGAAAAGAGGACCAAAACCAGACAGCAAACCUGCUCAGACUCGCCGACAGGAGCUGAACAGGCAAGCGCAGAGGACGCACCGCGAGAGAAAGGAGCAAUACAUCAAAGCACUAGAACAAGAAGUGCUGCGAUUAAAGGAAACCGCAAGCACUGCCGUCCGUGAGAGGGAUGCGAUCGCUGAAGAGCUUCGCAAGCUGAAGGCGCUGCUGAAGCUGCAUGGAAUCACCUAUGAUGAAGGCGAUUCGCACCUGCGCAACGACGACACAUUUAGCGGCAGCGCUUCAGGAAGUUAUGCCGGAGGCAUCUCUGGUACAUCACCAUCCACUGGUGGACAUGCUUUCUCUUCGCCGCCUACCAACCCGAGUGUGUCGCCUUCCGGUGCCCAUAAUUUGCAGGCGACUCCACAAUCGCAGCAAGUGCAAGGAGCCCAACCACAGCUCCCUCAAGGCCCAGAUUUGGAUCAGCUUGGAAUAGAUUUCGUUUUAACUUCUGACAUGUGGGCUUCUUACAGUCUUGAACAUCCAUGCAUGGAUCACAUUCAAUUCCUCUUGGUGAGAGCGGAAGGGUCGGAGGAAGACGUGGCUGGCCAUGUCGUCAUGGCUAGCUGUCCCCCUCAUGAUCAUAUCAAGAAUCACCCAGAUGUCCCUUACACGAAACCUCCUGAGUUGCGCAAGGCCGACCUGCGAAGCCUUUUGGAUGCCAGUAUGAGGGUUCAGUGGGAUGGCGAGAUCCCACCGGUCAAUGCAUGGGCGAUGAUAUUCAAUCACCCGAGAAAUAGCGAGUUCACUCUUGAGGAUAUCGAGUCGAUGAAGAAUAAUCUCAAGGGAAAGGUUCGAUGUUAUGGGUUCGGUGCUGUUUUGGAAGAUUUUGAGGUCCGGGACGCUAUCAGCAACGUCCUCGCCAGCAAAGUGUAUUGA